AUGGAUAAAUACUGUGGCAUUAACAUCCUUCUUAUCACAAGUGUGUCUUUCGCAGCUCUUUUGGUUGCAGCCUUUUCCUUGUUAGCAUACUGGAAGCGAUGGUGGUUCAACUACAAGGUGUUCCUUCUUAGACUUGCCAUCUGUGGCUACAAGGAAAUGAUCCAGGACUUUGAGGACCAGGAAUAUGAGUUUCAGCUCAACCUGAUGUACCAAGAGGAAGACCAGGAAUGGGUGGAUGACAUCAUGAAGCCAGUUCUACAGGAAAGGUUUCCACAUCUUGAGAGAGUGGCAUUUGGUGACAACGACCUCCACCUCGGGAUGUUCUACAUCAAUGCUCUCCAUUAUGCCGUUGAGAACAGUUUCAAGACAGUCAUUCUGCUAAGCAAGAAUUCUGUGCGUGAAGCCUGGUUUAUUACCAAGGUACGUAUCGCCCUAGAGGAACUCAAUAGGACGGGACUGGACAAGGUCAUACUGUUUUUCCUUGAGUAUAUCGACGAUGACGAUCUCCCAUACCUGGUCAGGUUGUUCCUGAGUAAAAACAAACCUUACAUGCUGUGGACGGACGAUGAAGAUGGUCAAGAACUAUUCUGGGCUCAGUUUGAGAAGAGCAUGAGAGGAAAUAGGCAACUCAAUAGUGUUAUCCCUGUCUAA